AUGCCUCUGCCUCCCUGUACCGACCCUCUUGGGCCCAAGCCUGGGAACCUGGAAUACCGGGAGGCCACCAACUGCCCCAGCCCCUUUGCAGCUCCUGGCAAGGGCCCCGGGGCCAUCUCCCGGAGAGAAUGGUCCAAGCAAGCAAGAGUGGAAGGGAACCCUACGCCCAUCCCCAUGCUGUGCGUCCCUCCCCGAGAGACCACCGUGGGCUCCGGGACGCGGUGCUGUCGGCGGGGCCCGUUGCGCUGCCGUGGCAGCAGUCCUGGCCGUACUCUCCCCGGAGGUUGUGGAACAGCAGGGUGGAAAGGGGCCAAGGCUCCUUCGGAGGAGGAGGAGGAGGUGGCGGCCCCGCUCCGGCUGGCCUUGGGUCCCCAGCCCGCUCCCAGAGGUCCCGUCGCUGUGGCUGGCUUCGCAUCGCUUUGCGCCUCCGAAGCCCCGCGAGGUGCUGGCACCGUCCCGGAGGGCGGCAGUGCGGCCCCGGCCCCCGCGGCUCCUGGCUCGCUCCCACGCCCGCCUCCCCAUGUGUUGCAGCUCGAGACCAGCGUGGAGCACAUCCACCGCACGGCCGUGAGCGUCUGCGAGAAGCUGCACCUGGCGCCCUCCCAGGUGUGCCGUGAGAUCAUCCGCCUCUUCGAGCGGGACAUGCUGACCGUCUGGGCGCGCUCGGUCCUGCGCCCAGCCGAGAUCUGCGGCCUCCUGCUGGGCUCUCGCUGCGGCCACUGGGACAUCUUCGCGAGCUGGAACGUCACGCUGCCGGAGACGCCCAAGCCGCCGGUGCAGCCCCCCGUCCCCCCGCCUCCGGGCACCCCCACGGCCCGGGUGCUCUUCCUGACCGACCUGCACUGGGACCGCGGCUACCUGCCCGGCAGCGACCCUGCCUGCAAGGACCCGCUGUGCUGCCGGGGGGGGGCAGCCCGGGGGCCGGGGGCCGGCUACUGGGGCACCUACGGCAAGUGCGACCUGCCCCUCCACACGCUGGAGAACCUGCUGCAGCACCUGGCGUCCACCGGGCCCUACGACGCGGCCUACUGGACGGGGGACAUCCCCGCGCACAAUGUCUGGGAGCAGAGCCGCGCCGACCAGCUGCAGGCCCUGCACACCAUCACCGGCCUGGUCCGGAAGUACCUGGGACCGCUGCCCGUCUACCCCGCGGUGGGCAACCACGAGUCGGUGCCGGUCAACGCCUUCCCGCCGCCCUACGUGCACGGAAACCGGUCCUCGGCCUGGCUCUACUCCGCCAUGGCCGACGCCUGGCAGCAGUGGCUGCCCCCGGACGCCCUGCAGACCCUGAGGCAGGGCGGCUUCUACGCCCUCUGGGUCCUGCCCGGCCUCCGGCUCGUCUCGCUCAACAUGAACUUUUGCUCCGCAACCAACUUCUGGCUGCUGAUCAACUCCACGGACCCGGCGGGGCAGCUGCAGUGGCUGGUGGGGGUGCUGCAGGGGGCCGAGGCGAGAGGGGAGAAGGUCCACAUCAUCGGGCACAUCCCGCCCUCGCACUGCCUGCACGCCUGGAGCUGGAACUACUACCGCAUCAUCGACCGGUUCGAGGGCACCGUGGCCGGGCAGUUCUUUGGCCACACGCAUGUUGACCAGUUUGAGAUGUUCUACGACCAGGACACGCUCUCCCGCCCGCUGGGCAUCGCCUUCGUGGCCCCCAGCGUCACCACCUACUACAAUCUCAACCCCGGAUACCGGGUCUACCACCUGGACGGCAUCUACCCGGGCAGCUCCUACCAGGUGCUGGACCACGAGACCUUCAUCCUGAACCUGACGCUGGCGAACGUGCCCGGCACCAGCCCCCGGUGGCAGCGCCUCUACGGGGCCCGGGAAACGUACGGCUUCCCCGCGGCCUUCCCGGCGGACUGGGACCGGCUCCUGCGGCGCUUCCAGGAGGACGAGCCCCUCUUCCAGCGCUUCUGGUUCCUGAUGUACAAGGGCCACCCGCCACGGGAGCCCUGCACUGGCCCCUGCAAGGAGGCCUUGCUGUGCGACCUGCGCACCGGCCGCGCCGACGACCCCUCGCUCUGCGCGCACCAGGCCAGGCACACGCCCUUCGCGGAGCUGCAGGCCUGGAGGCGGCGAUGGCGGCUCUGCUAGUGGCGGGGGGAGCCCGUGGCCCCCUGGGCUGUGCUGCGCUGGUGGGCCAGAAGCCUUGCCAGUGCUGGGAGGCCUGGCCCACCUCCCUCCGGCUCCAGAGCAUUCCCAGAGCCUCUGGGAGCGGCCGCCGGCCGCCAGGCAGGCUGUGGGGUGGGCAGGCCUCCUCCCUGCCUCUCCUGGGCUAGCAGGCCGUGCCCGCCAUGACACUGGGGGGCUGGGGGGGCUUCCCAACGCCCUUCCCCGCCCAACGCCCCGGGCGCCUGGUUUGUGCUGUGGGGCCGCUCCAGGCCAUCCGGCCUUCAGCAUCCAGAGAGCCCUGCCAAGCCGGGGCAGCCCCUCUCCUGGCCAGGGGGGGCAGGGCGGGGGGGGGCAUGGUGGUCUGUGCUCCAGAAGGGCUGCUGUUGCCCCGCAUUGGCUUGUGGGACCCACUGAGCUCUAGCCGGUCCCGAGACGAGGCUGCCCUGUGGCUGCCUGUGCAGUGCCUGCCGAGGGCCCCUUGGCCAGGGGCCACCAGCCUUUCCCGGCCUGCCUCGGCCCCCCGGUGUGUCGCGUGCCACUCCUGGGGUCGCCCGGCCACAGCUGCUUCUCCUGGGAAGGACACUCUGCUGCAGCCCCCCUCCUGUUAAGCUGGCAGCUGCUCCCUUGGGGUUCAGGUGUGCCCGUCAGGCUGCCCCUCUGGAUCAGAAGCCCCCCUUUUCUCAAUAAAGGGCUUCUGGCCUCUCCUCUCUC